AUGGCCCAUGGUGCUCGCAUUGUGGCGGUGCUCUUGUUCGAGCUGAGUUGGGCAGAAGGACACGAUGGCCUGGAUGUUUGUUCCGAGAAGCCGGGCAGCACCACCGGGUGCUCCGAUGCUGAUGCCGCUGUGGCCUGCUGGUCUCGAGAUCCCACGGUCCGUGCGAUCCCGAGAUUGCAGGGUUUUGUGCCGAAAUGGGCCUCCCAUCCUUUGACAGCCAACGCUGCCUGUCAGACACUAGAGGAUUCCCUAGGCCAGCGAAGCUACAGCGGUGCUUGCAGCUUCAAAGUCCCAGGUUUGAGAUUCCCGAUGCAAAGAGUGCCUUCGCCCCGAUCUUGGGACGAAAGCUAUGCCCUCGCUGAGCGAUUGCUGCCGCUCAUGACCCUGGAGGAGAAGCAGCGCUUGCUGCAGGGCAUAGGCUGGAAUGGUGCAAAGUUUGAGCUGAACCAUGGGUAUUACGUGGGAACCACGCGCCCUGUGGAUCGCCUGGCUGUGCCGGGUCUCAACUUUCAGGAGCAGGUCAUUCAUAGUCAUUCCCUGGAUGAUGAAACAGAUGCAGUUAUGGAGCCUCCGCUAGAUGAGUUUGAUAUGUGGGAUCAUUACCAGGCUGCGGCCGUCGGCGACGCAAGGAAACGAUCCACGACUAACCUAAGCUGCGCAGGGCAGGAUAGUCCUUGGUUGUGA